CCAAUCGAGUGUCAGUAAGUGGCGUAUCAACGUGAAUCAUAAACAUUAGGGAAGUAAGACGUUAACUGUCGGCGAAGCAGAAUAAAGAAGUUGGCUGUGGUACUUUAUGAAAGCGUCUUCAAAUACUUACCUGGUUAGGCUUUUAUUCCCUUGUUUAAAGCAAUACUAGAGAGGUUUAGAUGUAGCGUUACGUGGAGAAGGAGGGGGAGUAAACCAACCUGAGCUUCCUGAACCGAAGCCGAGCUCGGUAACUUUAAACGUCCAGCCCACAGAGGACGUCGAAGGUUACCGGUAACAACAACACCGCCACCACAUCUACCUUGAGCCUCCCUCUCAGGACCGCAUUUGGUCAACGUCUUGCGGUGAUGUCCCUGGUCGAUCAAAGCCAGCAGUGGUUCCCCACUAGUGUGCAGGUAACGGUGCACCAGGCUCGGAACCUACGCGCCAAGGGGAAGAAUGGCACCAACGACGCCUAUGCCAUCAUCCAGGUGGCUAAAGACAAGUUUUCUACCUCGGUGGCGGAGAAGAGUAUGGCCCCGACGUGGAAAGAGGAGGCUUCAUUCGACUUGCCUCUGUUUCACCCGGGUAACGCCGAACGAUGCACAUUGUACAUCAUAGUCAUGCACCGAGCUCAGGCCGGACUCGAUAAGUUCCUGGGCCAAGCCGUGGUCAACUUAGUGGAGCUACACGAAAACAAGAAUCGUCAAAAGCCAGAUUGGUUUCCGUUGGUGGACAAGAGUGGCAAAGCAGAUAAAUUGCGAGGUGAUGUGUUGCUGGGCAUCACCUUUAUGAGGAACAACAUGUCAGCGAGCAUGGUGGACCUUUCUACCCAGGAUAAGCAUCGUUCUCGUCUCUCCAAGCUGAAAGACAAAGUUCGCUUGAAGAAAAAGGGCAGCUUCUCUGACACGACCUCGGCUAUUGUGCCUCCUGUGAGCCAGGUCUUGACAGACAGUGAAGGAGAGCCUGAUUCAGCCUCACUUCAUUCUUCUCAAAUUCCAGGAGAAAAAAAGAAAUCAAAGCUCAAGAAUCUCUUUGCACCUAAAUCCACCUUGCAGCGGAACACCUCGCAGUCCCUUUCUACACUGGGAACUUCUCCUGAGAAGAGCCUCUCCCGCAGUAGCAGCCGCUCAUCUGGCCUCAGUGUAGAAACCCCUGAAGUCAAGAAGAAAUUCAAAUUUCUGGGACACAAGAGGAGUGGUAGCUCUGACAGCAAGGUGUCUCUGGGUCCAUUGUCCCUGCUGGGCCGUUCUAAGCACAGCAAGAGUGACUUGAACAACGUCAGUGUCAAUGGUAUCCAUGCGUAUGAUGAGGCCGAAGCCAUAAGUGGCUCUACACUCAGUCUGAACAGUUCUGGACGUGGUUCUGUGGAGAAUGUCCAUCAACAAACCACUGGUGUCUUUGCAGACAAAAGCGCACAGGUGCUUUCCUUCAGGUCAGAGUCUCAAAAUAGGCUCAUAAUGGAGAAACAGAGUCAUCAAGAGGAAGAGGAUAGAAGGCAGGUGGAAGCAAGGAGUAUGGCAGAGGCGAUGAGAUUGCAGGAAGACGAAGAGAGGCGCAAAGCAGAGGAGCUGAGGUUAGAGGAGGAAGAGCGUCUAAAAAUCAAGGACUACGAGAGGAACCGGCGCUUUCUUGAGGAUGAAGCAAGAAGAGAGAAAGAAGAGGAAGAAGGCAGGAAGCUGGAAGCAGCAGAAAAGGAAGCACAGAGCCAAAGAGCAGAGGAGCAAAAAAGACAGGAGGAGGCUUCCAUGGGCGAAAGACUGUCUUCUCUGUUUGGGAUCAUCAGAAAGAAGGAGGAGAAAAAGGAAGAGGUGCUGCAAUAUCCUAAAGAGGAGUUGACCACACAAGCCUCUCAUGGUGAUGACGUGUCCUUCAUGACCACCAACCCAUUUGAGGACAUUUCCCUUAGCUCAGGUCCUCAAUUUAACAACAGUGAGCGUCCGUCUGAUGAUCACAAACCCAGCCUCAACCCACAAACCCCAUCUGCCAUGCUCUUCCUGAAUCGCACUGCAAAAGUCUCCACAGUUAAACCAAGAUUGACUCAUUCUCUGGAUUCUGAAUACUCUGACCCCAAAUCCCCCAGUAGUCCAGUGGGCCACCAGUGGUCUUCCCCAACCAUACCGAUUCAUUCUCUGGACUCGGAAUACUCUGAGCCAAAACCCCCACGUAGUCCAGUGGACCAGCAGUGGUCGUCCUUAUCUGCGUUAACACAUUCCUUGGAUUCUAAGUACUCUGCUCCCCAAACCCCCAGUAGUCCAGUGGACCCGCAGUGGUCUUCCCCAGGCAUACUGACUCAUUCUGUGGACUCUGACAACUCUGAGCCAAAAACCCCCAGUAGUCCAGGAGACCAGCAUCGGUCAUCCCCAUCUGUGUUAACACAUUCCCUGGAUUUUAAGUACCCUUCUCCCCAAACCCCCAGGAGUCCAGUGGACCCGCAAUGGUCCUCCCCAAGCAUACUGACUCAUUCUGUGGACUCUGAAUACUCUGAGCCAAAAAACCCCAGUAGUCCAGUGGACCAGCAUAGGUCAUCCCCAUCUGCGUUAACACAUUCCCUGGAUUUUAAGUACUCUGCGCCACAAACCCCCAGUAGUCCAGUGGACCCGCAGUGGUCUUCCACAGGUAUACUGACUCAUUCUGUGGACUCUGAAUACUCUGAGCCCAAACCCCCCACGAGUCCAGUGGACAAGCAUAGGUCACCCUCAUCUGUGUUAACACAUUCCCUGGACUCUGAGUACUCUGUGCCCCAAAUCCCCUGUAGUCCUUUGGACCAGCAGUGGUCUUCCCUAGCUGCCUCUGAAUUUACCCUCUCUAGUGUACCGUCUGACACCCCUGAUACUUUCUCCAACCUUCAUUCAUCGUUGGCUCCUGUCAAAUUAAGUGGAAGCCCGACUGGUUCCCUCUCUGACAGUACAGAAAAGGUGUCAUCUGUGCCAUCUUCACCCACAAUGACUGAUCGGACCAGAAGAUCUCCAUUACCACCAUUGUAUCCCAUAUACGAGACCCAGACAGGUGGAAUCCAAAUUCCAAGUAAAGAAGUCAAGAAUCCCAGACACACUGAGGAAUCAACAGAACCAAAACUCUCUCUCCCACUUCCUGAUUAUGAAACCUUAUUCCCUCAGAAGAGGCAUGGGGUUCAAGGGCACACUCGAUGGGAUCAUAUUAUUGCUGAGGUCAACCAGAGACAUAUGGACUAUCCACCAGAACUUAUGGGUCCUGAGAUGAGUGUGGAUGGGCCAGAGAACCCAGAGGAGAUUGGAUCUUCAAUUCCAGAGGAAUCUUUGGGGCAUUUUCAGACUCAUUCCAAGGAAACCAAACGUAUCUCCUUAAAAAAAGGAGCAGAUCGUCCUCUGCCUAAACCUGUGUUAACGCUACACUCCAGGUCAGUUUCAGAGGAGAACAUCCAACAGACAGAUGAGUCUCUCAUAAGGCGUGUACCCCAAGUACCAGCUGGAAUACUAAAUGAUGAUAUAUCUAAAAGAGAAAGUCUUCCAGAACUACCGCGCAGUAAAUCCAAAAAGGCUUUACAACCACCCCUGCUCAGACCAACUACAGGCAUACCUGCCGACCAAACAAAAGGUCCAGUGACCACAGACAAAGAAGUUCCCACUGCCAGACCCAGGCAAAGGGUGAGCAUGAAAGAGCCAACAGAACAUUUUUCUUCAACCAUACCAGAUUUGGCUGAUGUGCAUGCAAGCAGCAUCAACCAAAAACUGCCUAGUCUCAGUUUGAGUGAAAUGGACAAAAGCAGCAGACAGGGGAAGGAGACUAUUUCAGAGUAUGACCCAUAUCCCACCUCGGACCCUCUUUCCACAAACGCCUGGGUACCAGAAAAACCCGCUAGAAAUUUAGAUGGUCUUUAUGCCAGGAUAUCAAAGCCUGAAAACCUUGGAAUGACGGCAGAUGAUCUUGCUGAUGUUUUCAGUGACGAGAAACCAGCUGGCCGGUUUACAAACGGGAAUGACCAGACAAGCGCUAAUAAAGUGGAGGACGAUUCAAGGCCAAUCAGUCCAGUUUUCCAAAGACGAAAUUCACAAAAAACACAAAAACAAUCUAUGCUUUCAAGAAGUAACUCACAGAAGGCUUUAAAGUUUCAACCAAAUCCAGCAGCUGAGGAACAAACAACCAUACAUGAACAAGAGCUCCCUACAAGGAAUGUUGUCAUUGAAUCCAUCACACAAAGGCACCCAGCUGAUGGUAGGGCACAAAUCCAUCUUCUCGAGAGAGAGGAUCCAUUUGGCGGUGACCCCCUUGCAGUAACGUCAGCUUUCCCUUCUUCAGAGCCCUCCUCGGUUGUUAUGGAGGAACCAUCAUCAGAAAUACAAGUAUUUUCUGUGAGAAAGACUCGAGCGUUGUUGCCGCCCUCUCAGGCUGACUUUAUCAGUACUCAAAGUAGCAUUGGAGGUGACCUUACCAACACUCUACACAGGCCUCAUCCAGUGAAGCCUAUGCACUCAAUUGAGAGUUCGCUUCCCAUCAGCACAUCUGCACUGAGAGACCCUCAUGUUCAUAAUGGCACAGCUGGAAAGGUUAAGAUGGCGGGCUUGGCUGACAGUGGACCCUUCACUCAGCUGACGCAUGAAGAGCUGAUCACACUGGUGGUGAGGCAGCAGGCUGACCUGUCCAAAAAAGAGUCUAAGAUCAACGAGCUGGAAGAGUACAUUGACAACCUGCUAGUGCGUGUCAUCGAUGAGAAGCCCGCCAUUCUGCAGGCUAUGAAGACAACCAAGCCGGUGUGAGGUAACGAAUGUGGGGAAGGAAGAGUCCUGCAGCGAUACGUUUCUUGUCCACGUAUACUGUUUUUGCCGUGUACUCAGAGACACGUCCUUGAAUGUCUUAAAGGCAUAUGCACUUUGUGGAUUCAGUUUCUUGAAGAAUGCCGUUAAUGAUACGAUCUCAUCUAUGUGGUGAUUCUUUGAUAAACAAACCAGUAAAUAUGAAUAUUUAAGUUUGUUUGGACACAAAGGUACUUUUAUUCAAUGGUUGAAAAUUCUUGAUUUACUCGAGGUAACCUGGGUUGUGGUUUAUUUAAUUUACACUAUAUAGACACAAGUAUCCAGAUACUCUACUUAAUUCAUUAUUCAAUCAGGAGUUGGACUGGAUCAGUCUUAUCUGAAUCUUUUUACCAAGACAUGUUGGACAUUUGUGGGAGCAGUUUGCCUGUUCUGAAAAUGCACACAUCAAGGUCCAUACAGGCAUGAAUGAGUUUAGUGUGGAAGAACAUCAGAGCCCUAACCUCAACCCCUUCAAACACUUCUGGCACACAAUAGAGAGGAUGAGCCAGCGGUCCUGUGUAACCACUCAGUGACCGCUGACCCUCCAAACGUUCUUCUGGACCAGCCAUGUUUUCACUUCCUGUACAUGGAGUGGUCACAUGGCUAAAUACAUUUGUCUUUCUGGUGUGCUUGUACAUUUUCUUUUGCACAUACUGUAUAUAAAACACAACAACACAAUCAUACCAAAAAUAUAUAUUUUACAACAUCGUAUAUGUGGAUUAUUUACAAUAGUUCCCCAAAACAUAAUUUAUAAACCUCAUCAAUUGAGUCAGGAUCACUGAUUUUCCUUGCACUGUAGAUAUUGAAUGUUUUUUUUCUACUCUGGUCAGCUGCUUUACCUCCUUUAAACAAACUGUGCCUUUUUCCAAUGUAGGAAAUCAGCAAAGCAUGAAAGCAAGCAGCGAUUGCCUGCUGUGUAUUUGUAAUUGCAGUGAGGGUUGGCUGACCGUGCACAUUGGUGUUUAAGAAUAUGACAAAAUAUCAGUCCAGUAACUCUUCAUUGUAACCGGUGUGAUGUUUGCUUCCAGUAAGGCUGUGAUAAUCAAAGCCAACAGUGAAAUACUCGCUGUUCUUACUUGUCUUAAGUCCGUUUGAAGAAACGCAUAUAUGCCUUCAUAAUCAUGAAUGUCUUCACAGAAAUUCUGGCAAUAAUUAUAUGUUGAAUGUACAUACAUGUCUUCCAAAGCCUUUUGUGUCUUAAUUUGCCGAAUGACUCACUGUUGGCUACCUCUCUGAAAUAAUGCUGCAGUCCGCUUUGAACAAAAGUAAUGGUGAGAAUAUCAAUGUGGUUUUAUUUGAAAUAAAGGCACUAAUACGUCCAAAUGAAAACUGUGCUUUUAUUUGAA